AUGAUUGUAUUGCACCUCCAUUUCAUGACUGAAUUCCUUCCAGGGCCUCCCACUUCGUCUCGAUCUUGCUGGCCAGUAGUCGUGAUUUUGUUCACGCUAUGCCUGGCAUUGCUGAUGGCACUGGUGACCCUGGCAGUUUUGUUUUUCCAGAUUCCCAAAAACUACAGGACACAACUUAGAGACCUCAACAUGACGAAGAAUGAGCUGCAUACAAGUUUCUCAAAUAUGCUGCGAGCAAUAGGAAAUCAACUGUGUUUGGAAGGAGAAGGAAACCCUAAAAACAAUGGCCAGAACUGUGUACUCUGCCCCGCAAACUGGAAGUGGGAAGGUGGUGAUACAUGUUACUACUGCUCUGAGGAAAAGAGGUCGUGGGAACAGAGUCACCAGUUUUGUUCCUCACAAAACUCUACUCUUCUUCUGACAAAAAAGGCAGCAAAGCUGGAACUGAUAAAAAAAAUUCCUAGAGGAUCAUACUGGAUUGGAUUAGAAUUCAGAGCUGAACAGAGAGACUGGUAUUGGGCAGACAACACAGCUCUUACAGCAGAACAAAAGUCUUGGAUAAAGUUUGCAAACUACCCCGAAUACUGUGGAUAUUUUUAUCCUACUGGCAUAUAUAGUGCACCAUGUAAAGAAGAGCUAUACUGUAUCUGUGAAAAGCCUGUCAUCCAAUUACAGCAAGAUAACAACCGUUGGCAGGAGGACUGGUUUGUCGGACCAAAAUGA